AUGAAUAGUGAGGUUCCACUAUCAUUUGAUAAUGCCGUGUACGACGCAAACAGUCAAGAAAAGAUUUUCGACGUACACGAACCUCUGGAAAACCAUUCUAGAAACUCUUUUCAUAGUGUUACUCAAAAGUAAGUUUACAUUUAUAAUAAAAUUGGUUGGAAUUUUGACAUUGACAGCACAUCGCGGGCCAGAGUUCCACGAUACUAUCUUCCGCCGACGCCACGUGUUACUUUCUCAAUAAACUCUGAAGUCAGAAGACAAAGUUUCCCUAGGUAAAGUUGAAGGCUUUAUUGUUUCAAAAAAUUAUCUAGAGCAGCAGAUUGGGUGCGGAACGUCAGGAGAACACCUUUUCGGCGGCCGAGAUCGCACCAGGAUGAUGAAGCUCUCAUUGAGGAAGAGGACCUGGACUACAGGUAAUAUCGACCUUUUUUUUUUUAGUGAUGAGCAGGUUUUCGUGUCAUGGGUUUUUUUUUUGAAAAUUUAUUCAAAAAUUCAAACAAACAGAAAAUUCAUGAGAAAAAGUACAAGAACAGGGCAAAAUUCAAUAGAAGACCGGUGGCAGAGACGUUGAGUUUCGUCACUAUCACUUCUCUCACUUUUCUGAUGCCCUCGUUUCGAAGACCGGCUUGCAGUAACUGUGGCUUUGCUUUAUGUGCUAGUUAAUUUUUUCAGGGGAGUAAAACGAAUUUCUGAAACUGUUCUUCAUCGAAAAUUUCCCUUUCCUUUUUCAAUUUCAUUAUUUCAGCGGCAACAGUCAGGGAUAUAGAUUCUUUGCCACGAAUGUGAGUUUUUAUCGUUUUUUCUAAUAAAUCUUUAUCUAAGUGUCGGUUGCUGUAUAUGCUAGGCGAUUCCUUUUUUCGCAUCCACUCAAGUUGUAAUCAGCUUUUUUUCUCUGCACUCGACCUUAAAAAAAUUUUUUUCGAGUUCUCCGGAAAGCAGUAUAAAGUAGAUAUGUGGGUGGAAUGAAAUAGGUGAUAGUGUUGAUUGUGUAAUGCGUGGAAAGAUGAUCGUCCUUUUCCGCCAUGGCCAUCGCCCUUGUACAUUCUUUCAUCCGCGUUUCUCCAUUCGUUUUUUUCUUUGUUCCUUUCUAAUCAUAACUUGCUGAAAAAUGUCCUUUUGUUGAUUUCGAACUCGAAAGUUUUUUUUCAAAUAUCUUCGGACCUGCAAUAUCAAAUUAUAUAUCAAUAACUCUCAUUCAAAUUUUUCCUAUGCGAUAAUUUCGAUAGGUUAUUCCCACUUGAAAAGUUUCUCUAGAGGAACUGUUACAAAGAGCGUAUCAUUCCAGACGUGUACCGAUUCAACUGUGAAACGGCACGACACCAAUCAAUCAUAUCUUUUUCCGUGUCUCUCCACUAUUCUUCAUGAAUUCGUCGCAGUCUUUCGUCUUCAAUUAGAAAUAUUAUCCUUGUAGUCUUUAUAGUUAAAUUUGAUUAUCGGCAGGUCUAAUUUUUUCGAUCGAUUCUUUUUUUACUAUAAUGAUUCGAGUCUUUAGCGUCGGAUAAAGCUAUGGUCGAAAUUGGGCUAAUUCUUUAAAAUUUUCCUAUUUUUUGAUAAUUUUUGAAUCAUCGCAACAUUCUUCAUUCAGUUUCCUUCGCGUACAUCUUCACGCGGCACACAGCCAUUUCUUGCCCUUUCCAGACAGCUUCGAGGUGUUUUGAACUUCAAAAAUAUUUUUAAAGAUCUUUUCAGACCGCUUUUCAGCGUUUGUGAAUUUUCGUAGUAACGAGGAGGACGAGUCUCCUGUGGAAGUGGCCCGAGGGAACAACGAGCAGAUCAACCUCUCUGAGAUAUUCGGUUCUCCUGCAGAGACACGGUCGACUCCGGCAGUUGAGCAGUUUGUCCUCGCGUCUUCGGCUUCUGCCAAGCGCUUCUCCCUCUUCUCGGCCGUCAAAAAAGUGCGAGUGUAUCUGUACUUGUUUUGGAGAGUGUGAUUGAGGCUAUCAAGUCGGCGAACCAGUGGGUCGGAAGCCACUUUGAGAUGGGCUCCCUUCACCGCUCGGAGGAGAUGCGCCUCUGCCAGAUGAUUCUGGUCAAAGAGGCCGCCUACGAGUGCAUCGCCGAGAUGGGCAAGUGCAGCAACGUCCAGUUCAUCGACGUCCUCUUUUUCCUCUCUUCAGUUUGGUAAUGAGUUUCUUUUCCAGUUAAAUGCCGACAUCAGCACUUAUGCGCGCACCUUUGUAAACCAAAUUCGUCGAUGCGAAGAGCUCGAAAGGAAACUACGUUUGUUUCUCGGACUUUUUUUAAAAUCUUUCCAUGAGUGAGGGUUUUGUUCCAGGCUUUCUUGAGAGACAAGUAAUUGACUGUGUCCCUGAAAUUAUCCCACAGCCCAUCGAUUUCGGCUGCCUUGACGCACCGACGAUGGCAGAAAUCAUGCAGCUGGAAGUCUGAUUUUUUUUUUCCUCUUCUUGUCAAACGCGGUUUUUUAAAGAUACGUCUCGAUCAGCUUGAGCGCGAGUUCUUGGAACUCAACUCAAACGACUGUCAGCUGCGGAAAAACUUGAAUCAGUCACUUGAGUUCCAGCAAGUCUUGGAGCGUGUUGAACAGUUUUUCCAAGUGGUACAUAUAUACAUUUUUUUCAUUCGAGCGUUAUAUUUGUCUGAAUUUAGCACAUGGAAGACGAAGCAAUGCAAAAAAUCGAAGCGACGGAUGAGAUGGGGGUUUUUUGCUUUAGUAGUGAAAAAGGCUUUACUAGUAAUUUACAGCAACCCAAGUCGAUGGCCGGGGCGAAUGGAGUGGAACAGAUGCCGUUGACUCCGCUUCUGCCUGAAGAAGCCAGUCACAACGCUUGGUAUGUCCCAAGUUUUCAUUAUAUACGCAGUCCUGAAUGGAUAGGUUCGUGGCUGGAGUUCUGCCGUUGGACAAGAAACUUUCUUUUGAACGAGUUCUUUGGCGAGCCUGUCGUAGAACUGCCUUUGUCCGUACUUCGGACAUGCAUUUUGUUCUCGAGAACCCUUCAACGGUUAAUUCUUGACUUUGUUCACUCAAUUUGUUAUUUUUCAGCUUGAGCCCGUUGAAAAGUGCGUUUUUAUUGUUUUUUUCAAAGGAGAAAGCCUCCGGCAGAUUGUCGACAAAGUCUGUGAUGGGUUAGUUUCAAUACAUUCCGUUCAAUUACCGACUUCCAAGGUUCUACGCGACACAAUAUCCUUGUCCGAAAACGUCGAAAGAACGACGGAUGACCCUCGCAGAAACAGAGGGCCGCAUCAGCGACCUGCGGAUUGUCAUCGACAGUACCCAGACUCACAGAUAUCUGGUAACAUUUCCCUUUCAGACUUCAGAGUACGUGAUCUGUUUAGAUACUGAAAGACCUAUCCAAGGAGCUUCCGAAAUGGCUCAGAAGUAUUCAGAUCCAGAAAUCCAUUUUCCAAAUCAUGAAUAUGUGCACGGUAAGCGGACGGCAAAGCUUUCUUUGUUUUGAAAAAUUGGUUUUUUUCUCUUUGUUUUCCAUAGCGAUUUUUCUUCCCAUAAAGAAACCAAUUUCCCUUUUUUAAUGGCAGACAAUCUGCCUCUCAAGUUCUUGUUUUGAAAAUAAUGAUUAUUUUUUUCCAUAGAAAAUAGUACCUCUGAGAAGCUUUUUUUCAAAAUGAAAAAUUUAGUUUCUUUAAAGUAUAAAAAGAGCUAUAAAAAUGUUUGCACUACGUAUACGGGCAAGAUUAAAAGCAUUUUAGCGGAGAGCAAACAAAAUUUAUGGGAACUAUGAAAGGGUUUGUAAAAAGGAAUUUUUCUCGUUGUUAGUGGAUUUCUAUGUCUCAUGAAAGUGGUACACACAAUUUAAUCAAGGAAAAAAAAAUAUCUCUAAAAUGUUUGGCGAAAUCUAAAGCUUAGGUUUUUACAGGGGAGCUUCUUCAUCAGAAAAUCAAAAUCAAGGAGGAUAUUUUUUAUGCUUUCCUUGAAGCAGACGAAAAAAGAAAUGUUAACGGCUGACAAGUUCUCUGUAACUGUUUGGGUGAAAAGAGGCUGAAAAAAAAAUCUUAUUUUGAAAACACUUCACACUUCCUUCUGAACCUCUGCAUGGGGUUUAUGAUUAAUGAACAUUAAUUGUGAAUAUAUGUUUUCAGGUCGAUACAAACGGAUUUUUGGCUGCGGAGUGUUGGAUUCCGCAGAAAGAGAUGGACAACGUGCGCCACGCUCUUCACGACGGCUUUGUAAGUUGUAUUUCUGUAAAACUGGUAUUCGUCGUUUCAGUGUGUUCUGUACUUUCUUCUUAUAAAUCAUACAUGAGCAAGUGACGAACUGAUUAAAUCCAGAGAGAGUGUUUGACUCAUAAAUUUUCGAGAAGUAAGGCCUCUCACCAAGAGGUAUUAUUGACAUAUUUAUAAAAAAGACAUAAGAGGAGGGUUUCGCGGUCUUUAAAAAUAAUCGGCCCAUGUAUGUUUCAAACCAUUUCGUCUAUUCUUCGGAUCUUCAAAAUCCGUUUUUUGAAGAAAGCCUCGGGGACGGAGGUGUCGCCGCUUCUGAAUCAAGUCUUGCCGAACGCUCCACCACCGACGCGACAUCAGACGAAUAAGUUCACCCGAGUUUUCCAGUCGAUAGUGGAUUCCUAUGGAAUCGGAACUUAUCGAGAGGUCAAUCCAGGUGGAAAAGAAGGAUUUUUCGCAGUUUCGAAGGAAUUCUUUCAGCUCCCUACACUAUAAUCACCUUUCCAUUUCUGUUUGCUGUUAUGUUCGGAGACGCCGCUCACGGACUCGUUCUUUUCCUCAUUGCUCUAUUUUUUGUUUGGAAUGAGAAGAAAAUAGAAACAAAGCGAAUCAGGGAUGAGGUCCUAAACAUUUUAAAUUCACUUCUCUUUUUCAAAGCAACAUUCAGAUUUUCAAUACAUUUUUUGGAGGCCGUUAUAUAAUGCUGUUAAUGGGUUUGUUCUCGAUUUACACUGGAAUGAUAUAUAACGACGCUUUCGCGAAAUCGGUCAACGUCUUCGGCAGCUCUUGGAGAAAUCCAUACAAGUCAGCUAUUCAUAUAAUGAGGAAAUUUUGGAAGUUUUUCCAGUGAAACUCAGCUUGACUGGUGGGAGGCGAGACAAAUCCGCAAGCGGAGGACCUAUCUUCUCGAGUUUUCCCCUAUCCAGGCGUUUGACACUGAGGUCAGUCUUUUCAUCGACUUUUCAUGUGUUCUUAUUUUACUACUGAGGAUGAGGGGAACAAGGUAAACGUGAUAGCGAUUAUCAGUGUAUACAGUUCAGAAGUUGUGAUUUUUUCUCAGAGAGGACCUUAUCCAUUUGGCGUCGAUCCAAUAUGGAACAUCGCCGAAAACCGUCUCAACUUUCUGAACUCUAUGAAGAUGAAAGCCUCUGUGAUUAUCGGUAUAGCUCAAAUGACCUUCGGCGUAUAUCUUUCAUUUUUAAAUCAUAGGUAUUUUUUUUUUUCCUUGUUCCAUCUUUAAAUUUUGUUAUAGGUUUUUCAAGUCCUACAUUGACAUCUUUACGAACUUCAUUCCACAAAUUAUUUUCCUUUCUUCUAUCUUCAUUUAUCUUUGUGUUCAAAUAGUCGUCAAGUGGGUCUUUUUUUCUGCGAAUCCAGGCGUUGUGUUGGGCUUUGAAUACCCUGGUAUAGUGAUCGAGACGAUCGAACUAUCAAACUAUACUUUUUAGGAUCUUUUUGUGCGCCAUCCCUACUCAUAGGCCUGAUAAACAUGUUCAUGUUGAAAGAACGGCCGGUCGGCUUUCUGGAAAACGGAAAACAACAUCCGACGUGCUACCUGAACCAAUGGUAUCCAUACCAGGUCGAUCGCAGUAGAUAUUAUGUUACUUUUUUCUGUUGUUCAGGAACUAGUAGAGCGGGUCUUGUAUGGGGUGGCGAUCUUUUGUGUACCGGUGAUGCUCCUUGGCAAGCCUUUGUGGAUAUAUUUCACAUCUCGGAAGAUCGAUCGGAGGCGUCAUGCCAGUGGAAACAAAUCGAACGGAGCGAGCAACGGCGGUCAGUUGGUGAGUUCUUCCAGGAACUGACCAUCUGAAUCAUCGGAAAGAUGUUCGAGAAAUAUUAAGAUACGAGCUGAGCUCCAGAAAACUUUUUUAGUCAGCGAAGUGAAUAAUUGCAUGAAUGAGAAAUUCCGUGUUCGGAAAUAGUAUUGAGUAAAAAAUGCAUCACUAUAUUUCCAUUCAUUCUAGCAAUUCCUGGUUGUUGGCGUCAGUUGGAUGAUAUAACUUGAUGGAAAUGAAGAAGGAAAUAGUAGCGUUUGUUACGGUUUGAGGAAGACGUGGAGUUCCUCGUAGCAGAUGACUUGGACUUGGCAGAAGAUGUGCACCACACGAUGAGCGACGUCGUCGUCCACCAGGCCAUACACACCAUCGAAUUCGUCCUCGGCUGUGUUUCUCAUACCGCUUCUUACCUGCGACUUUGGGCUCUCUCGCUGGCCCAUGCACGUAAGUUGUUUUUUAAUCUGGAACUUUCGAUUUGUUUUUCCGAAAAAAAAAAGAGUCUUGGACCGAUCUUUUCAGAACUAUCAGAGGUUUUGUGGCAUAUGGUUUUGAUAAAAGGACUCAAUAUCACCGAUCAUCCCUAUCUGUCUCCUGUCUGUUGUUUUUUGGUUUGGCCAAUAGAGAGUGAAGCGAGAAUUUUCCGUUUGCAGACUUUCUUUGUUUUUGCGAUAUUGUCCUUGAGCAUUUUGAUAAUGAUGGAGGGGUUGUCGGCUUUCUUGCACGCUCUUCGUCUGCAUUGGGUCGAGUUCCAGUCCAAGUUCUACAUGGGCACCGGUCAUCCCUUCACCGCCUUUUAUCUCCGAGACUGCUUGGAAAACGCGCAGCUCGUGACGGAGGUUUAGCUUUUCGUUGUUACGAAUCUUAUGGGAACUGUCUCAGGAGGCCGAUCGGUUGGCAGAGGUUCAGCGAAGGACCGCCGAAAACUCUUCGUAA